UAUGCUUCUAAUUCUAAAAUAUUAGUAAAUUCAUGUGAAUACAAAUUACUAAUAUUAAAUGAAACAAUACAAUGACGAACUCUGAGAAACCCGAUCUAUUAUUCUUUGAUACGUUCUCACACGACACAAGCGAGGAAUUGAAUCUGGAUUUAGUACAGUUUCCAAAGUCUGUCUAUGUAAGAGAAAUACGUGUUAUUCCAUUGGGUGCCCGAGUUGAAGGAGACUUUCCCGGUCGAGUUCGGUUAGGCGCCACAAACCCUACGAAGUUUCAUAUCGACUUUUUCGUGAAUGAUCUGAGUAAGCCUGGAGCUUCCACUUUCGAAGCUUUGGGUAGUUUGGACUACUGUCAAAAUGGACAGAUUCAUAUGGAGUGUGGAGCUGAUGGGGACCAUCCUAGAAUCCCUACUGAUGGCCUUGUAUUAAGAGGAUGUUACACUACCAUCACUCUUGCUGUUUACGGGACGCUCACACAGAUUUUACCAGAAACACCAGUUGGUAUCAAUCCCCCUCCCACUAUUCAAAGACCCGCAGUCAACCGAGAUGCGCCAUCAGCAAAUGUGACACAACCACCUGACUGGAAUCCAGAGCCAACCAAUCCAAUACCAUCAUACACUGGUAAUGUCGCCAGCACCAACCCCGAUGUCUAUACUCCUAAUACGUAUCCAGAAAAUUAUGAAAAUCCAAUUUAUCGAAAUGAAUAUUAUGAAAACGAGCCUCCGAAAGAUCCUAGGACUUAUCAUGUGGAAGGUGAUUGGGAAAAGAAUAGAGAUAUCAACUGUGAAGGUGAAGGCGAUAGAUUGAGACGUAGUUCAAGAUCUAUAGAGCGCGAUAGGGAUAGGCAAGGACAUGGUCGACGAAGGUCAAUGGACCGGCGCAGUCGAGACUCUUCAAGGCACAGAGAUGAUAGAAUGGAACGACAUCGGUCGAGAACCAGAAGUCGGGAACGAGAGUAUAUCGUGCAGGGCGAGUAUCGCACUCGCAGUCGCUCCAGAUCACGCAGCCCAGACAGAGUGCGGCCUCACUCCACUGAGCGCGACUGGGACAGGGCCUCGUAUAAGAAGGAUGAAUACAGGCGCCACCGCGAACCGUCGUACGAGAGGACGUCUUAUGAUAAAGAAGCCGGUUCUUACGAACGUCGAUCUCCAUACGACAAGCGAGCACCGUCAUACGAGAGAAAGAUAGGUUAUGAUAAAAGAUCAUCGCCGUACAAGCGUGGCGCUUCCUAUGAAAGACGAGCACCGUCUUACGAAAAGCAGCCACCUUACGAACGUAAACGAUUGUCUCCUUAUGGUCGAAUUAGAAGUUCUAGCUACGGAAGUAGAUCGCCAAGUCGCGAUGACCCAAGGAAACGGCCUAGGACUCCACCAGGAGAAAGUCGUCGACCACUCUCACCACGAGAUGGAGAAGCAACUAGUCCUAUACAUUCCGUCAGAUCUGAAGACGAUUAUGAGAGAAGUGGAAAGCAAAUACCCAGAGUAGACUUCUACCAUCAGAGCUACCGUCACAAGCCUCCUAUAAGGAGUCCUUCUCAGGAACACGCUGCUCCUUUCGUUGAGACUCAUUCAAGCCUUGUCACUGUCCCGAUAGUCGAUAAUCCUCCAAAACCAGAAACCCCGAGCGGCAACGCUGACGAAGUCAAGUCUAUCGAUGCUGAACAAUUUGAACCGAUUCUGUCUGACGAGGAUAUUUGUGACGACCUUGAAAGUACCUCGUACAUGGAGGUGGAUUAUGACGUAAACGAAUAUGUCGGUGUCGAUGACAUAAUAAAAUAUUUCAAUCCGUUCAAAGCAGAGUGGUGCAAAUAUGAAUAUAUUAACAAAAUACAGUAUCUAGGGCCCAAACGUGAAGAUGUAAAAGACGUGCUAUCAGCCAAAUUCGAUGACUUGUGUGAUGUCAGUCCUGACCUCUUCAAAGUUUUAGAAAUAUCAAAGAAAACUGACCAGAAAUAUUUUACGGAUUCGUUCAAAGACAUUGAUAAUACGAUGAGAGAGGAGUGGGUGCAUCAGUGCGAACAGAUGUACGUCGCAAUGACAAACCUCUGCAAAAGUACCGAUAUUGUAGUUAGAAUCUUCCAAGAUCCAACUCCUUCUGACGAAUUCGGUGAAAUUAACAAAACACUGAUUGCUUUUUGUAAGAUUGGUCUGAAUUUCGGUUACGCCCUGUCUCAACAGCAGCCCACUUACAAGAUAAGGCACAUGAAAUGCGGCAUCCGCCUGGCCGAAGCCCUGGUGGCUCACAGACAUAACGAGCUCGUAACGAGAGAGCUGCUGGCAGCGGACAUAGACCUGCCCAUGUUGCUGCUGCAGUUGUACGCUGAGGAGUACAUGGCGCUGAGUAUACGACUCAUGGUCCUCAAGGCGCUAGACGCGUGCUUGUCAUCAAAAAUCUCAAUAGAUAAUUUUAUGAAAGAAAAGCUAUUCCCCAAAUUCGACAAGAAUGAAAUGGAGAGAAAACCCAAAAAUGGGUACCGAGCUCUCAUAUCCAUGAUGCAAGCCGAUCCACUAGCCAGACUAAAGUUUUCAAUAAGCGCCCUCAUUAAAAAGCUGAAUAUAUAUGAAGUGCUGGGAAAACUUCACGAUUUGGUAGCAGAUCUCAACAAGAAGCCGGAUGCAGAAACCAGCGAAGCUGACACCGAGUUUAUAGUAAACUGUUUUGAAAUAGUCAUUGACAUGUACCGAUCUCAGUGCUUCCAUCUGUCGCAGCCGAAGCGGUUCCUGCCCGUGUCUGCUCAGUUCGAGAUCAACAAGGAGUGUAGCAACGACACUUUGCUCGAGUUCUUCAGCAUCCACAGCGUUCUGGAAGUCUGUCUGUGUCUCUUGACUGGCCCUAAAACUUGCAACAACCUGGUGGUCGCCAGCCCCGUGCACGACUUGAUUUACGAGCUGGUCAAUUCAGUGAGCGGCUUGAACUUCUUGUACAGGAACAUGGAGCUGAGCGAGCUUCUCUUCAAGACCCUAAUGCAACCUUACAGCCAACAGACUGUGGAAGAGUUUCUGUAUCCUCACGACCUGAGCAAUUAUUCCGAUUUGCAAAUUCUCGGGCUGGAGAUGGCUUAUAAAUUGAGAGCUUUGUAUUAUUUGCAAUCGAUUUGCGACUUGCAAGCUGGUCAAGGCGACGAAAAUGAACUGAUCGAUCGUCUGCAGUCCUUGUACUGCCUCAGCUUCGGCUGCAUCGGUAGGACUGCGGUGUCCGACGUCGUCGUGAUGGGCGACCAUGCGGAUUGCCUGAUGGAAGUCUUCGAAAAUGACUCAAGAAAAAAUAAAAGUGAUUCACCUUCUAAACAAAAGUCCCCAGCAAAAGGAUAUGCCAUAGAAUUGAUCGUAUCGGCAGUGCGGUUUUCAGCCAAUGUGACGUUUUUAAAGAAAUAUGGACAAAGACUCAUUAACGUCUCGAAAGAUCACGACAGGUUUGAGCCGAGCGUCUCUAGUGUUCUUCAAGAAGUGAUACCAUAUCUGAAACCGGUUGAAAAUAUGAGCCUCUUGAACGGGGACGACCUGGCAGAAUGCGUGGAGAUCCUAAAGGCCAACUCGGAGCAUUCGGCCGACUUGCCCGGUGAACUCACAACUUGUCUUCGAGUCCUGAGGCACUUCUGUGUCUCCGACCGCGAUACCAACGUCGCCAUUGCCAACGAGGCGGCCGCGCAGGAGUACGUCGAGCUCAAGUAUAAGUACAACGUGCUGCAGCUGUACUCCCUGGACGGCGUGGCGCACCUGGGCGGCGUGCUGAGCAGGCUGUCCACGCGCUUCGAGCAGCCGAGCAUGCACACCGCAUUCUUCGCCUCAGUCAAAGGAUUACAGCUCGCUCAAAUAUUGGUUCCAUGCUUGAGGUUGUUGGACGAGAUGUUGGCGAGAGUCGUUCGUUGCCGGGGACCGCGAUUCAGAGACCUGACGGCGGCUCCUGUAUUGCUGAAGACGUACGGCAUAGCCAAGUCCUUCCCGGUCGGCUGCGUCGGCUACAGGACGGCGGCCAAGGCUGCAGAAGCCGCCGUCAAAGCGUUGCUGACCUACGCCCAGCCGAUAGCGGAUGAUGCGAACGACGGGGACUCGAUCCGACGAGGGCCAUGGACGUCCCUGUGCUCCGAAGUCAUCCAGUACACCAUGACCGCCCCCUACACGUUCGUGCCGGGAUUGUUGGUGUUUUCAGAGUUGCUGCCGCUACCGUUACCGAUGCAGGCGAAGACGCCGCCGACUCCGCGGGAGCUGGAGGACGCUUGCAACGAGAGAAGGCUGUGGUCGGCACAUUUGCACGCGCUGUCGAACGAUCUCACCGACAUGAUCCAGAUCAUAUGCAUGUCCACGUAUCGGCCGGUCGUCCACAUGCUGAGGCGAGUGUGCGUGCAGAUAGCCGACCUAGCUCCGAACACUGCCGCCACGGUCGCCCACGCCGCAGUGGGUGCCGUCGCCAGGGAAGUCAAGCCGGGAGAACCCGCCACCGCGAGCUCAGCCAGAGUUCUAGGAUUUUUGACAUGUCUUGUGUCACACGCACCUCUGAAGUGUGCCGUCCUCCACGCCCUAAACACCGGCGGACCCAAAGCGACAGAGAUUCAGUCAGCUCUGUGCGUAGUGCUCAGUCUGCCGAACGCUGCGGGCGACCAUUCCACCGCGCAAGAGUUCGCCGCGCACAUCCUCGCCGCGCUCUGCGACGUGGACAUCACGCUCACCCCGGUCUCCUCCCUCCCGGAUAAUUUACUCGCAAAUUCGUUACCAAACAAGGAAGCGCUGGCAGCUUUCCUCGACGCCUCGGCAGAUUGUCUGGAGUCUAGCACAAAAACUUGCUCCGUGGCGCAGUCGAUACUGCGAGCGUAUUUCGUACUGACUGACCACGAAUACGGCUUUCAACAGUUCAGGAAAUUUGUGACGAAAAAACGUGAAGCUCUGGGGACGUUUUUCAAAUGGGCCGUGGACGGACCCGGUGAGGAUAGGGCGGAAUGCUUGAGCCUAUACUUAGAUCUCAUCAGGAUAUUGAAAGGAGAAGAAGGCGAGGGUGGCCCUGUGGUCAGAAAGUCCGUGUUGACUGUAGCCGAAAUGGCGGACAUGCUGGGGUACUCUGUGGGAGCUGACGAUCAUCCGGUUAUGAGCUUGGAGAAGAUUUUGAAGGAUCGCAACGCAGAGGAAGAUGCCACAGCAGUCAAAUUCCUUGUUGGCCACCUUCAGAAGCUAACCGAGCGCGGCUCCCCACCCCCCGAGGGUCCGGAGGCCGUGCCCGCGGCGCCCGACAGCCUGGUGGCCCAGUUCGCCACGCGCACCGUGCACAGUCCGGGGGAGCCCGCCGACGAGAGACUCACCACCGGCUACUGGUUGAACAUCCCCUCGGCCAGCGGAGAGGACUAUGUUCACGAUCAUGAAUUAGUACCGUGCGACAUCAUGGAAGUGGCGAACAGCUACCUGUCGGUGGGCGGCGCGUCGUGCGGGGGGGAGGCGGUCGCCAGCGCCGUGCGGAGGCUGGCCGGCUGCCUCGACACCAGGACCGAGCCCCGUUCCUGCGACGACAAGAGGCCCGCAGUGGAACGGGGAGUGCGCGUGUCGAGGGGGCGGGGGGAGGCGCCGGACGCCUUCCGCUGCCGCCCCCCCAACACCUCCCGCCCCCCCAGCCUGCACGUGGACGACUUCACCGCGCUGCACCACACCUACACCAACCUCAGCAGCAGGGGCGCGCGGCGUGGUGCGGACCGCGGGCGCUUCGCGUCGGCGGCGCCGGUGCACGCGCAUUACCGACACACGCGCGGGCGCGGCGCGUGGGAGGCGGGCGCGCCGCACUUCGGGCACUACCCGCCGGCGCCGCAGUACAUGCUGGGUGGCGCGUGCCGGGGACCGCGCGGCCCGAGGCACCGCUCCUUCAUACGCUGAGGGGACCGCACUGGACGCGAUAUACACUUGUAGAAACUC